UUCGAGAAGACGCCGGCGCCCGCGCGGUCGAAGGUCGCCGCCGUGCCAGCGACGUCCCCCCGCAGACGACGUAGCGGUGCGUCCAUCCUCCACGUCGUCCACACUUCGAUUGAAAGCUCAACACAAAGGCGUCAACAACAUGGAGAGCCAGUAUGAAAAGAAAAUAAGCCGUUUUAGAUCCGCCAUGCCUCAGAUUUUGGCAGUAUCCGCAAAAAACCUCAUUCUCUUCGACAUGGGGAUGUUCAUUGCCUUCCCGACGCUCGUGAUACCUGACGUGCAGAAUUCGCCCGCAGCUCUCUCUCUCGACGACGAACAGACGUCCUGGUUUGGCAGCAUCUCCAUGGUGUGCCAGCCCGCGGGCAGCGUGCUGGCCGGGCUGGCGCUGGAGCGGCUCGGCAGGAAGGCGUCGCUCAUGGCGGUGAACGCGCCGCUGCUGGCCACCUGGGCGCUCUUCUGCCUCGUCGACUCCCCCGGCGGCCUGCUCGCCACCUCGGCCGUCAUGGGGCUCGGCCUGGGCCUGGUCGAGGCGCCCAUCCUCACCUACGUGGCCGAGAUCAGCGAGCCGGAGCUGCGCGGGGUGCUCACCAGCGUCUCCGAGCUGUGCCUGUACGUGGGGACGUUCUGCAUGUACAUGAUCGGGACCAUGGCCGGCUGGAGGACCAUCGCCGCCGGCUGCACUGCUGUGCCCAUCCUCACCGUCGUCUGCAUAUCCCAGGUGCCGGAGUCGCCGACGUGGCUGGUGUCCCGCGGGCGGACGCGCGACGCGGAGAGGGCGCUGUGCUGGCUCCGCGGCUGGGUGCAGCCCGCCGCCGUGCAGGCAGAGCUGCGCGACCUGCAGCGGCGCUACGGCGACCCGGGGCCCGUCGACGAGGCCUGCCGCUCCACCGAGCCCAGCCGCUCCACCGAGAAGAUCAUCGCCACGGACUCGCCACGCUACGACGACGUUUUGGCGGACGUGAGGAGCCUGUUCACGGCGGCCACCCUGAGGCCUCUGGCGAUGGUGUCGGUGAUGUCGUUCGCGGAGCACUGGUCGGGCGUGAGCGGCUCGCGACCCUACCUGGUGCAGGUGUUCCACGAGUUCGGCCUGCCCAUCGACGCGCACUGGGCCACGGUGGCGACGGCGCUGCUGUCCAUGUUCGGCGUGCUGGUGUGCGUGGUGGCCGUGUCGUGGUGCGGCAAGCGCCCCCUGCUGUUCCUGUCGGCGGCGGGGGCGGCGGCGUGCUGCGCGCUGCUCGGGGGCUACGCCUACUGGGCGCUGCCCGGGGGCGGCGGGGGCGAGGCCGCCAGCUGGGUGCCGCUGGCGCUCUUCAUCACGCUCUUCUUCACGCACUCCGUGGCGCUGGGCCCCAUGCCGUGGAUGCUGCUCAGCGAGGUCUUCCCCUUCCGGGGACGCAGUCUGGCGGCGGGGACUGCGGCGGCCGUCAACUACGUGUUCUCGUUCGCCGCCUCCAAGACGUUCCUGUCGCUGCGGGCCAGCCUGGGCCUGCACGGCGCCUACUGGCUGUGCGCGGGCGCCACGGCCGCCGGCGCCGCCUACCUCGCCGUCGAGUUCCGCGAGACCGAGGGCCGCAGCCUGCACGACAUCGAGCAGCAGUACAGGCGAGUCCCGCCUUUCAUUUCGCAUUCGGAACGGCACGAACAACAACUGUAUCACUACGAAAUAGUCUACGCGGGCACUAUACUGGUUUCGGAUCCUUACGCGGCCAUAGUCAGAGAUAUUUGUGAACCGAAGAAGCCCGCGCCGAGCCUUGAGAAAGAAGCCUCCGCGGGGACGACGGUCGACGGCCACCUGCCCGGCUUCAGAGGCGCUCCGGAGGGCGAGCCUCCUCCUGGUGGGCGGCCAGAGGUCGUGCACCCGAGACCCGCCGCAGACGUGGAGGCCGGUCCCGAGGUCGACCCGGGGGGAGCUGACGCGGUGGGGCACCCCCCGUCGACGAACACGCCGCCGGAAGAGUGUUCGGCCGGGCAGGGCGGCGGCGAGAGUGGGGUGGCGGAACUGAGAAGGGAAGACAGCGCGACCCCCGAAGACCACAGCCGGAGGUGA